AUGACUCCUAGUGCAACAGCCACCGCAUCUCGUGCACCUCAAGAAUCGUCUUGUUCUUCGGCGGAUUGCGACGCACCUACCGACAUCACUCGCUACACCAUUCUCGACCAGCUGGCUAGACCGACUUGGCCAAGAUCAUCGCGUUCGUCAUCGUCGUUAUCGUCAGCCUGGAAUCGACAUUGCUCUGCCGCGAGCAUUGAAUCGAGGAGAGAGAGAUUAUGCGGCCUUGAUUCGACCGUACGUCGACCAUCAAAUUCGCAACGCUUGGGAAAGAGCGAGCUUCACUUGUACCAACAGCAGAGCGAACCAGUGCGAUUCUCGCCAGAUCCCCCGACUCUCGUAGCAUUCGCAUCAUCGUUCCAAAGCCUACUCGACUCUCAGGCACCGUUCUCGUCCACACAUUCGGCCUACUCGGAACUACUCUCGGUAGCCACCUCAGCAUUCCCACCGUCGACUCUUCCAAUCUCGGCGCUCACCGACUUUGUCGGUACCAUGACAACACCAUCAACUUUGUCAUCUUCCAAAUCGUGCUUCUCAUCUGUAGCCACGUCGUCGGCCGAGAAUAGCAUGGUAGGUGUAGGCGUAGCUACGACGGCCGGCCUGGAUCUGCUCGGCAUCUUGGCCGAAGAAGUGGAUUGGGAUCCGCAGCAAAAGGGAUCUCCUGCAGCAUCUGCACAGCUCGCAGUGCUGGGUCAGAACGUGCAAUUUCAUCACGAGGCCAAACAGAAACUCUGGGCAGGUCACAUUCUGGGUAGUUUGGGGUUGAUCGAGCCGGAUGGGAGCAGGCGGAAUAGUUUCUCCACCCUCACAUCAGCGCUGCCAAGUAUGCAGCAACGCCACGAUGUGGAUGCCAAGGCUCGGCUUGCACCCAAAUUCGAGCAGCCAAACGCUGAAUCAGAUUCGUCAUCACAAGCUCCAAGACCAGCAGCAGGCGUGAUGGACGAUCCGCUCAACACCAUGACGCUGACCAAACGGACGGCGCUAUUUUACGAAAACCUAUACGAACGUCUUUGUCCAGGCAUUGUGCCACGAGCUUACAUCUAUCCUCGGCUUGGGCGCAAGUCGCACGAUCACGAUGCCUCUUUUGCUGCACUUGCGCUGUCCAUAUCCCUGCUCGGACUGUUGCGCCUCACACUGCCAAAAUCCGCCACCUCUCGCGUUGGCGACAAGAGCAUCGAAGCACAGCUUGAGCAAUCAUUUCUCAUGCCCAGCGUCGCCCCAAAUCGUUCUUCGAAAGCGCACGACUCGGACGCUUUACGCAUACAAGCCACGCAGGUGAUCGAACAAAUCCUUCUCCUACGCUCUUCAGCACCCGGCGGAGGCAUCAGCUUCGGUCAAGCUCCCACACUGGAAACCGUCCUGACUGCAUUAUUUCUCUCGAUGGCGCUCUACAAUCUCGAUACUGCUUCGCACCAAGCACAAGAUUGCGGUUUCACCGAGUGGAAAGAUGCGGCUUUUUUCCGCUUUUGCGAGGCUAUCACAUUGGCCAAGAUCUUGGGGUUGGAUCAGGUCGGUUGUGCAGCCUUGGGCAAUGGCGAGCAGGCGUCCGAGGCGGUAAAAGUGUGGAUGCUGCUCGUGCGGGCAGAAAGGUGGUGGGCCGAGCAGCGACCAGAUUACGUGUGUCAAAUGGAGCCGGCAAAGCGAGGAGCAGACAACGUUGCACGUGGUCGAAAGCGAGUGAAAUCCGACUCGGAGGAGAUCAAAGUUGUGCAGACGAAACGCGCACGAAGCUCAUCAGUAAGCUCGAAAUCGGCGCCAUUAGGAUUUCUGACCCAGCUCGGAUUGGCAAGUGUACGAGAACAUUUGAUCUACCGUUUUGGCGAUUUGAUCGAAUGUUGGACGCACAGCUGCGACGUGGCGACGUGUCACCGUUUGACACCGGAAGCCGUCGUCCACGUUCACGAUUGGCUAGCCAGCAUUCAUCACCCAGUCGAUCCGAUCCUCGUUGAUCUAGCACGUCAAGCGUUACGAGCCAAGCUAUGGUCAUCGUGCCUGGAUCACCAGCUCGUUGCUGUCGACGCACACGGACCACUACGACCCGACCAACCGUUGCACAUCGCACUCGACGCGCUCGACUUGCUCGAAGAUCUGGAUCAGCUUGUGCUGCAAUCGCUACCUUGCGGCAAUACUGCAGUAGGUUUGGCGAUUCGAGAAGCGCUUCAAGCGGUACGUGACUGCGUAUCCAGGCUGCCUGAUGGUCAGUUCGCCGAAGAAGCGUUUUCGUUUGAACAGAUUGAAGCUAGUGACGAGAGCGAUUCGCAGUGCAACGCUUCACCGAGACCAGAAGACCCAGCAGCAGGCGCUGCACGCUCCACCACUACCAUGACCCGUGCCGCUCAGUCGGUGAUCGACAACCUGGAUCACUUUCUCUCUCGUGUGGUUUCUUAG